AUGAUGCCAACGAAGAUUGGCUCUUGGCCAUUUCAGGUUCGGCUCCUGAUCGUUCCCGAAGACUCAGUUAAGCUAGGUAUCGCAGGGGAACAGACAGUCAAUGUCAAUGCCAAUCAUUCCAACGUGUGCAAGUUCAGAGUCUCUCAAGAUGCGGGCUUCGUGCUCGGAAGCUGA